UCACAAGAGUUGCGGCUAUGGCUUCUAUAGGUUCUAGUAGAAUAUGUGCUCGUGUGCAGGAAAAAUUGUGUCAGUGGGGACAUUCGCCAAUUUUUAAAAGACACUCACCAUUGAUUGUGCGCUCGAAAUUUGGAUUUCACUCACUUGUCAAAAAUGUGCCUGAAACAAGGAAUUAUUCUCUUAACAAUGUGGCAGCCAUGGCCAGUCCCGUGGCAGGAUGCGUCCAUCCUUGUAUCAGACCCGAAAUAGCGAGCACCGCCACGAGUUACAGCACUAUGAGGACGCAGCAACCGGGUUCGCUUCCCGAAUACCAAGUGGAUCCGUAUGCAUUAUUAGAGGACGAUCUUAAGGACGUCUACGUAUACAUUAGAGAGGCCUUAAAACGAAACACAUACCAGAAAGAUUUAUACGAAAUAUCGACUUACUACUUUGAUGGUCAUGGGAAAGCCAUAAGACCCAUGGUGGCAAUUUUAAUGGCUAGAGCGAUAAACUACCAUAUUUAUAAAGAAAAAAGUUUGUUGCCUUCUCAGCGAGAGGUGGCUAUGAUAUCGGAAAUGAUUCACACUGCCUCCCUUGUUCACGACGACGUAAUUGACCAAUCGGAUUUUAGACGAGGAAAGCCCAGUGUAAAUGUUAUGUGGAACCACAAAAAAGUUACCAUGGCAGGUGACUUUAUAUUAGCUGUAGCUUCCAUGAUGAUAGCUAGACUAAGAAAUAACGAUGUCACUUUAGUUCUCAGUCAGGUAGUAACCGAUCUAGUUCAAGGAGAAUUUAUGCAGUUGGGAUCAAAAGAAACAGAAAACGAAAGAUUCUCUCAUUACUUAACAAAAACGUACCGAAAAACUGCCUCUUUGAUUGCGAACUCAGUUAAAGCUGUGACUAUGUUAGCUGGUGCCGACGAACAGUUAUCCGAUAUUUCUUAUCAGUAUGGAAGAAAUUUAGGAUUAGCUUUUCAGUUAGUGGAUGAUCUUUUGGAUUUUGUAUCCUCGUCAUCUCAAAUGGGCAAACCGACAGCGGCCGACUUAAAAUUAGGAUUAGCCACGGCUCCUGUUUUAUUUGCUUGCGAAAAGUUUCCGGAGUUAAACCCUAUGAUAAUGAGAAGAUUCCAAGAGCCAGGAGACGUAGAAAAGGCGUUCGAGUUGGUGCACAAGUCCAGGGGGUUGGAGCAGACUCAAUUUUUAGCCAAACAGCACUGCCAGGAAGCAGCGCGUCUGGCCAAUUUGUUGCAAGAAAGUCCCUAUCAGAAGGGACUGAUCGUCGCUGCCGAUUACGUACUAAAUCGCAUGAAAUAAUACAUGCCUCAUAAAUAUGAAACUUUAUUUAGUAGUUGAUAUUAAUUUGUACGUAUAAUAAUUAUUAGAAUUGUUUAAUUUAUUAAACUCAAGAUUUAAAAAUAAAUUACAAAUGUAAAUGUUGGAAAUGCAGUCAUAUUUAAUGUUAUCUUUUUAUUGAAUAUAGCUAUUUUAUAUAAAAGACCAUGUAUAUAUCUGAAAUAUAGAUACUUUCUUGUUACAUUAUUUAAUAUUUAAUUAUAUAUGUAAAUACG